CAGAAUGUCACAAGCAAAGAAUAUCAGCAAAAGAAGUUAUAAAAAAGAAGACAAUAAUGACUUUUGUAAAGAAAAUGGAUUCGCAGACCUAACAUUGAAUGUAGAGAAUCACAGAAUACACGUUUCUAAGACAGUUUUGUGUAUAGCAUCCCCCUGGUUCCGCGCCAUGCUAGAGAAAUCGCAGUCUGAGAUGUCAUUACCUGACAAAAGUUAUAAACAUUUCGUGGAGUUCCUGAGAUGUAUAUAUCCUGAUAUGAUGAAGAAAGUGACCGAAAAGAACGUCUACAUGCUUCUUCCAUUGGCUCAUGAAUAUAACGUAGGGAAGAUGAUGAAACGUUGCGAAAAAAUGCUCAAGCAUAUAGUAAAGAAUAGGUACACAAGGAAUGUGGAAGAAUUAUACCGGCAUAUUCAUUUGUCUGAACUGUAUAGCCUAGAAGAAUUGAAAGAAAUAUGCAUUAAUUUGGCCUCAGACCAUACUUUAAAACAGUUCAAAGCUGCCAGAACGGCAUACCAAAUAUCAGAUGAGAGUCAUUUCAAGAUUAUAGAGUUUGCUCUAAGGAGACAUGAGCUGGAUAAAACGGAUGAAAAAAAUUUUGAAGUCCAUAAGAAUAAGGAAUAUAUGGUCAAAGUCUAUACUGACAGCGAAAACGAGUUAGAUGAUUAG